AUGCUUCUGUCCCCCCAGUGUGCAGCCAUACUGCGCUGUCAAACUGUGCAAAAGAGUUACAGUGCUGCUCUUUUAGUUUUGCUUUUUCUGUUAGCAGCAUAAGCUCUGAAAUGUACAUAGUACAUUUAGGCUUUUCAUAUUUGUUUAUAUUUUUAUAGACACUUUUCCCCCUCUUUCCUCACUGCAACCCACUGAUCAUUGGAGUUUUUCCUACGCACUGCACGUGAAAGUAAACUCAAACUGGGGGAAUGUCUCAAGAAGGCUUCAUUUUUUAAGAGGACAUGUUUUAGUGAAGAGGAGAGGAAAAACCCAGAGGAAUGACAGCGUGGGAAAAAGAUGGCACUCAGAAGGGACCAUUAACUACCAAAUGGAGAGGAUCUUUAAAAGAUGGAGGAUAUAGGAGGAGAAGCUGUACGGGAUAGGAUGAGUUGCGGUUGGAGGGGGAUGGAGGGACAGAGAAUGGCGUGAGGACCGAGGACAGUGGUUGGUUUGAUCUGAGCCACGUGUGCGUCCAGCCACGUCUCUUUGCUGCUUCGUGGAUACCGAUGAAACGCUGGUUUCCCAUGUCGCCCGGUCCCUUCUGUCUGAGCCCAGGUAGGUUUCCUGAGAUGAGAUGAUGCACGGAUCCUCGAAGCACAAAUUGGUUAGUUUUUCCUCAGCCUGCCAUUCUUUAGCAGUUUACAAGUUAGCUACUAGUGUUGAGGUAUACAAGAAGCGCUCGUAUCCGUAGACUGUGAUUGUUCUCCAUCGCACCCAGAUAUGAAUCCCUUUAAGCAAACAGCGAUGAAGCACAAGAGUACCUGAAUAAGGAAAACUCCACUGAUUAUAAGGAAGUGAAAACUGGAUCUAUUGGCAGUGCCAUCAAUCUACUAUAUGAUAUGCUUAAAACCAAGACUCCAGGUGAUGAACAUGCUCUACCUCCACAACACUGGGCAGCCAUGAACUCUGCACUGCCACCCUCUCUCUCCUCAGCCAUGAGUAUAUCUGUAAGCUGAUAGUAUGUGAUCAACCACACUGUGGGGCUGACAUCCUGCUGCUUCACCUUCUCAAUAAAUCCUAGCUGGACAACAACAAUACUAAGUUAACGCUUUCAAAAUGGCAGAUCAGAAUUUACAGCACAGCACAGAGGACAGCAACCUUCAGCCAGCUGAUUACCCAACGUCAUCACUAGCAUCACUCCAUCUCAGGGACGAGGCUGUCGUCACAAAUGAGAACACCAACCAAAUCGGGGAUAAUCCUGAGACCCAUUUAGUAUAUCCUGUGGUGAUGUCAUCAAUGCUUAACCAAUCACAACAGCAGGGAGACAUAUCCAUGGCUAUCAUGCCUGAGCCUCAACAAACAGAUCAAGAGUUCUUGGAAAGUGAAAUGGGCCAAAGUGAAAGUGAGGCGCAGUCCGACACCCUGGCAGCGUUCUUGCAGGACCUUCCCUCUCAUGAUCAUAAUGAUGGUACGUCUCUUCCAGGAAAAACCAACAGCAGCAAGGAAGGAGAAAUUCAUCCAGAGAAUAAAAUAUACAAAGCUAUGGCAGAAUGUGACUGUGGCGCUGAUGACCACCGGCUAUUUGAAGCAGAGUGGUACUGGGGCAACAUCUCAAGGGAGGAAGUAAACGAGAUGAUGAGAAACACUCCUGAUGGUACAUUCCUGGUCCGAGAUGCUUCCAGUAGGAUUAAAGGGGAAUACACGCUGACAUUAAGAAAAGACGCUUCAAACAGACUAAUUAAAAUCUUCCAUAAUGGGGGCAAGUACGGCUUCUCUGAGCCACUGGCUUUUUCCUCUGUAGCGGAUCUGAUCCAGUAUUACCAGAAGAAGUCAUUGGCCCAGUACAACUCUAAACUGGAUACACGGUUACUUUAUCCAAUAUCCAGAAACCAGCAGCAGCAGGUUGUGAUGGAAGCUGACAUUGAUGCAGCUGGAGAACAGCUAAGGAUAUUUCAGGAUCAAUAUAAAGAAAAAAGCAAAGAGUAUGACCGCCUAUUUGAGGAGCUGAAUCUGACCUCCCAGGAACUGCAGAGCAAGCGAACUGCCAUUGAGGCUUUCAGCGAAAUCAUUCGGAUCUUUGAGGAGGAAUGUGAAACCCAAGAGCGCUACAGCAAGGAAUACAUCGACAUGUUCCUCACAUUAGACAGCAGUACAGAAUCCGACAAGAUUCAAAACAAUUCAGAUGAACUACAGUCGAGGGUGGAAGAGAUCCACAGCAGCAAGAAGAAGUUAGAGGAAGAGCUGAGGAACAAGGCACUGGUUCACAUGGAGGUUGACAAGAAAAUGAACAAACUGAAGCCUGACCUCGUGCAGCUCCGGAAGCUCAGAGAUCAAUACCUGGUCUGGCUAACUCAACAAGGCACCAGGCAGAGCCAGAUAAAUGACUGGCUCGGUAUCAGGAGUGAAGAAGAAGACCCAUACACCCUAGCAGAUGAUACCCACCAGGAGGAGAGGAGCUGGUACGUUGGUGCUAUGAGACGAAAGGAGGCGGAGGAGUUGCUGAGAGGGAAGAGAGAUGGGACAUUCUUAAUCAGGGACAGCCAGACUCAGAGAGGCUCCUUUGCCUGCUCUGUCGUUGUGGACGGGGAAGUGAAACACUGUGUAAUUUACAGGACGUCCACGGGAUACGGCUUCGCUGAGCCCUACAACCUGUACUCAUCACUGAGAGAGCUCGUCCUUCACUACCGUCACACAUCCUUGAUCCAGCACAACCAGCAGCUGAAUGUAACCCUGGCCUGGCCCGCUCUCAGCCAGCAGCCCAGCUGAGACACACCAGCACACACCCAGUAACAGUACUGUGGACACACCCGAACGGACACUAUUACCAGGCUCAAAACAGCAUACCGGUUAGUGUCAUCACCGCACUAAAAUAUUCAGUGCUAAAAUUAGAUAAUAAUCUAAACAUUGCUUUUACGCCAAACAAAAGUCAUCCGUAAAAUACAGUCAAGAGAAUUUCAGCAGUUUAUGCAUAUUAUGUGGAAUAUUUGUUUCCUGUAGUUUCAGCCUGUAAACCAGUUUCGGUGAACGGGGAUCCAGUUUUGAGAAUGUUGUUUGACGCUGUUACACUGAUACAGCACUGACAAUGUAAUCAGCAGCAUAUUAGUCUGCUUUUAUGAGCCAGGCUGGAGCUUUUUAUUUUGUUAUUAUUCUUUUGUUAUUAUUAUCAUUUAUGUGGUUAAAAAGCCAAUUUACUUUUCAGCAGCACCUAAAGUUUGCAGGAAGCUUUUGCAGAAGUCAGCAGUAAAUAUUCAACCAAACUGUCCCAGUGCAGAAUUCAGCCUCACUAGUUUUCCCAAAUGUGCUGCAAAAAGCUGUGCAGUGAAUUGGAUUCUGAAUACAACCCUUUCAGUAAAAGAGUAACUGAAGAAAACACACAAAAUAUUUAGGAAAACACAAAUAACAAAAUUUGGCAUUGCAAUGUUGAUUUUAAUUAUUCUUUAGUCCUGAAGCUAAAACAAUCCAGCACAAGUUUCUGUAUUUUUAUCUAGAUGCAAGCACAAGAAAUUACUAUUUUAAUGAAGAAGCCAAAUAUAAAAUAGCUUCACCGCUAUCAAGUUUUUGUAUUUAUAGUUGGCCACUCCUGACCUCUACCACACUUGUUUCAACUUGUUUGAACAAAAACAAACCAGUGUGUGUGUUUCUUAAAUUGAUUUCUUAAGCUUCUUAAUCAUCUAAUGCAGCGGUCCCCAACCCCGGGCCUCGGACCGGUACCGGUCCGUGAGUCGUUUGGUACCGGGCCGCGAGAGUUGAGGCUCAGGUGUGAAAUGUAUGGUUUUCAGGGUUUUUAUCGG